GGCCCGACUCCAGUCCUCACCCGGGCCGUGAAACUGCAUGAGUGAGUGUCAGCAGGCACUCAGUACUGUUACUGACGUUCCGUGCUGUGUACGAUCACCCGUUGUUGAUUAUCGUCGUCUUCGUCGUCAUCGUCGUCUUCUUCAGCUACAACCGGCUUUGAGUCGUAGACUCGGAUUUUACUAUGCGCCGCUCUUGAUACACAUAUGCGGUUCGUGCAAAGUGAAUUUCGCAUUACAGAACGGACGCGCAACAAGAGAGAAAGGAAAGCGCGAAGAGCGAGGGACGUUAAACUCCGACUUUCCAAAUUCCUCCUCAAGGUGAAGUCGAUCGAGUGAGCCCAGCAGUGAUAUCGUAUGCACGUAUGGACGAAAGCACCACGAUGACCGUGCCUCCGCCACUACCAGUGAAGACUCAGGGUCGGGAUGCGAGCCAGGCUGCUCGGCAGACUGUGUCAAUCCGGACCGUUUCCCCUUCCGCCGCACCGCCUCUCGCCUCCGGGCCCGGAGCAACGGUAUUCGUCGGAGUUAGCGCUCCUACCGCCGAUUCCACGACAACCUGUAGGAGAAGAAUCCCGGAAGUACAAUCGGCGAACGGCUACGAAGAGCGGAGCAGUGUCGUCGAGUCAUCGCUGCAGCAACGGUGGCAGCAGCAUCAUCAUCAGCAACAAGCCGCGCAUAUAGUCAAGAUCAAGAUCAAUCCGGAUGGCGACAAGAACGGUAGGGUGAUAUCGACGGUACGGUUGACCCUGGACGAAAACGGGAUCGCGCGCGAACGCUCGGACAGACGCGGCGACGGUGCGGUGGUGGUGAGUGCGACGAACCUGGUGAACGAGCGACACUGUGAGAGUGCCGGUGCCGGUGAGGGCUGUGUGAGGAUCAGUGUCUUCGGCGGCGAAGCAACGUCCGAUAAUCGGGAGCGCGACAGCAACAGCAGUAUCGACAAUAACAACGACGAGGAGGACGACGACAGGCGCGGCCUGAACAACGACAGGAGCGACAACAAAGACAUGGUACACCGCGAGACCACGGAGACUCUGAACUCGUCCUCCCUUGGCGGUCGUCCGAACGCCUGUUUCUAUUAUAACUCGUAUCAGAGCCCGUUAAACGGUAUGGUUAUGUCCAGCGGCCAAUGUUCGCCCAGCGACACUUUAGACAGCGGUACCUGCAGCGACCUUGACGGCACGCCACCACCGUUGCCCAAGAAGAAGAAUUCUAGCAUGGUGAUAUUGUCCAACAAUACGCAUAAUCGGACUGGCAGUCUGACCAGUAGCGGCGCCGAGGUCGACAGCGAUGACAACGAGAGUAACAUCAGUUGCGACUCGUUGAACGGCGCCGAGGUGAACGGCGAGUAUCGUGUGCACUCGACGAGCAAAGAUCUCGUGACCAAGGACGCCGUCGAGGAGAAGGCUGUAGCAGACGUCGUCGAAAAAUCGGACGUUCGAGUUGCAUCAACGAACGAUGAUCGUCAGGUCGAGAAAUCGAGUGGCGUUCGUCAGCAAGUCUCCGCGGUAACGGAACUCGGCUCCGCUCCGUGCUCGCCGGUGUCGUCGGCCAGCGUCUCGCCGUCACCGUCCGGAACAUCGUCUCUGUCGAAAGCCUCCUCUACACCGCGAGUGAGGAGUCCCGAUCCCGCGAUCGAGCUGAACGGCAAGCCAUUGUCGCCGGUUAUUAAGGAGCGCACGUACGAGGAAAGGAAGCAACGUGAGCAAGAGAGGAUAGAGCAGGAAUGCGCGGAUGUUGGUCAGAAUCAGUCGACCGGUCACAAGUACCUGUACGAGGACGACAGGUACUACAAUUUUCACGUGAACGAGCUGCGCGGUAACAAUAACAACUCCAACGGCGAGCACGGUGUCGCCGAGAAGGAGGAGUGCUUCGCCGGCUAUAAAAUCCACGACAAGGAAGCCAUACGAAGUGCCAAAGGAACUGUACGCGGCGUAAAGAACAGAGUGCGAGCGGGCAUCGCGACGUUCCUGCAAACGCCCUCCUCCAAGGCUUACGUGGAAAGGGAAAAGGGUAGAGUGGUGCUUUACACGACGUCGUUGGGCAUCGUUAGGGAAACCUUUACCAAUUGCAUGAAGAUGAAGCAAAUGCUCUGGACAAAUAUGGUCAAAUAUGAGGAAGCGGACUUAUUCCGUGACACGGAAUUGCAAACCGAACUUAGGGAUCGUACCGACUCGGAAGUUGUAACAUUACCGCAGCUCUUCGUCGAUGGUCAACACAUAGGGGGUGUCGACACAGUCGAGCGGCUUAACGAGUCGGGAGAGCUACGCCGCAUACUGGAACCUUACCAGUGCAAGGACGCGUGCGUUGUUUGUACCUACUGCGGCGGAUUCCAGCGGCUGCUGUGUCCUGUCUGUCACGGUAGCAAAAGGUCCGUGCAUCGCAACGAGUUUACAGUGGAAUUCGUCGCCCUAAAGUGCGCCAAGUGUGACGUUUUUGGUAUGAUACGCUGCCCGCAUUGCUGA